AUGGCAGCCAUCAAGACGGAACGCGGUCGAUCUCCCGCGCCCAUCACACACGCCAUGUCUCCCCUCUCCCCUCCUCCUGCGGCACGCACCAGCAAGCGCCGCAAGCGCUCAGAGCUCUCCCCUUCGUCAAAAGCGACGCAUAGCAUCAUCGAGAAGGAACGUCGUGAAGCGAUGAACGAGAAGUUCGCCGAGCUUGCGGCCAAUAUUCCCGAACUCGUCGAAGCCAUCAGCGCGGGUAAAAGGCCGACCAAGGGCGAGAUUGUCAAAGCGUCCAUUGCGCGGCAUCAAGACCAGGAGCGGCGGGUGCGGGAGUUAAUGUGCGAAGUUCAAAUGUUGCGCAGUGGCAACCAUGUCACUCCGGAUCCCUUUGGCGGGGUGGAGACGCAGGAGCCGGUGCUCUCCCUGCCGCAGUAUCAAGUCCAACCAUCCCAUCCGCUCGGCGGCCUAUGGGUCGGUCAACUUCUCGACAAGACCCCCCUCACAACUCCCCUCCCCUUCGACGGUAUGGGUCUCCUACCAGACCUCAACCAGCCCGUAUCGCCCUUCAAGCAAACGAGCAUGAUGAACUUUGCCUACCCUCCCCCGCUCGACCCGGGCGCGCUCAGCAUCGCUUUCCCUUCCAACCUCAUCAACCCCAUGGACUUUCGUCGAGACGACACCUCGGCUCCCCCUACGACCAGCGGAUUUUCAUCCCCGACCUUCACUUCGGGCGCUUCGGAUAGCGACUCGACCUUCAGCACGGACGUUGGGGUCGGCUUUGAGCCGUUUGUCAUGCCAACACUGAGCGAGGCGACGCCGCUGAGCUGCUUGGUCGGGUUGCCCGCCACGGCGAUGGAUGGGAGCGGUGGCCAGGGAAAGGCGCGGAGGGGAGCGAGUAGGAGGAUCGACGAAGGUAGCCCACUCGCCCCUAGCCGAGCUGCCAAUGUUUGA